CAGAUACCGAAAUGCCAUCCCGUUCGCGUCGUCGCAAACGUCAUUUCGGUGUUUGGCCUCCUCUACGAAUGCCUGAAGAAGGAAUUUUCACGGAUGAUGGAUACCUCUUCCACCAUGAAACACCAAUGGCACUCAAUAAUUCUCAUAUGGAAAGAUUGCUAGAGUAUGGCAUCCAGCUAGCUCAUGGAGAGCGCUUCACACCCGAAGAGGACCAGCGAAUUAGAAAGAAUUGGCGUUCAUUUUCUCAAAAGCAUGGUUUUAUCUAUGAGGAUGCACGCUCCUAUGCUGGAUUUGCCCAAGACUUGCAGUCGUCAGAAAGCAGCAAGAGCAGAACAGUCUUCUCAUGAAGCUAGGAAUGUGGCCGCGCCUGUGUCGAAAACUAGAGCAUAGGAGCGCACGUCAAAUUCAAAGACGAAUUUGUAUUAUAUUUGAUCCUCAUUAUGUAGGCCACCCAAGUCCGCUUUCGCUGGAUACAGUAUUGCAGGCAAAUGAAAUGGCUUUGCAAGGGAAAUCCAGAUGUGAAAUAGCUUUGUCUUUGGGCAUUUCAAUGAAUCGACUUCAUAAUGCUAUGUAUACCUAUAAGAAAACUCUCGAAAGACGAUAUAUUAAUGCUGAGGAAGCGGCUCGUGAUCCAAGUAUUUUGUCUAAGAAGAGGCUAAAUAGAGAGCGGUACAAAAUGCUAUUUGAAAGUGUGCUAAAAAGAGCUUCACUGUCUCAAGCAAAGCUUGCGGAGCUUUUGCAAAAAUCGUUGGGGGAUGUACAAGCGUAUUUGAAAGACUUUCGCUGGACAAGUUUAGUUCCUGUGUUUCCUCCACUGAAUGCAGAAGAGAUAGAAAAAGAGUGGCAUGUUCUAAUUGAAGAGCUUAGUCGUUCUUUCCUUUCGUUUCUGGAAGUACUUGGUGAGGAAGAGGCAUGGCAGGCUGCCAUGAACGAGGUUAUGCCAUUUGUGCAGUUUUCUUUACGUGAUGUUAUCUUCUACUUAAAGGCGCUGAGGAAAUGUAUUGACAAGAAAACUAGAGUGAUUCACCCUCAGUACAUAGAUACGACUAAGCUCAGUGAGAAGCUGUCUGCGAGAGGGCUUGUUGAUAAAGAGACGUUUGACCUGAACAAAUGUGAUAUUUAUAAAAGAGUCAUGGUUGUGCUUCGUAGUAGGAACAGAGAAGUAUUUCGACAACUGCAAUUUCCCCUAACCUCACGAGAAAAGCUUCGCAUUUUGGAGAUUUGCUACCGUCGUUUGUCAAACUCCAACGGUAAUGAGCUGAUAACUGCCCUCCCACGCCUGAAAAAACCGCUCUUGGUUGAAUGCAUUAUAGAAAGGAUGCAUGAAAUAGAUCCCUCUUGGCAGCCACCACUUCUCUUUCAGCGAUGGAUACGUUCUUGGCAUCAUGCUGAGUUAUUUACAAAGCGCACGAACAAUGACGAAAUAAGAAAUAACGUUUUGGAUGUGCAUUUCUUGAGGAACGCGCUUUUCGAAGAUCCCGCAGAAUGCCUCUAUGGUUCAUCUUCGACUACUAGGCAACACUAUUCACAAGGGAACAAAGAAACACUGGAUCCGAUGCUUGGAACUUCUCACCCUCAAGAUCCCGCAGAAGCUGGGACUAGCUUUGAUCAAGAUCCUUCAGUGCUUUCUUUGACCACAGCAGAAAAUAACCCGAACUCAUUGGAAGACAUCACUGGGACUUCCUGGAGGAAAAAGCGUCGCAAUUUGGCUUCGACCUCGGCAGACGAAGGAGCUCACCUCAAUGUAUCUCUACCUUCUGUACAACACGAAAACAUCGAUCGACAGGAAUUUACGCACUUUGAUGAUUACUUCAAAGGCUUUUCAAGAAUUGAGUCACAACCAGACGAACAUGACAGUGCUGGAGUCAACAGCGUCCCAUAUGACAUUUUUGGUGAAUCGGUAGACGACACAAUCCUGGCUGGAAAUAUUGAAACAGCAGCUGAUAGAGUCGUAGCAGAAACUCCAGCAUCGCCGCGGGAAUCCUCCCCUUCCACCAGGCAAUCGCCUGAACCUACCAUGCUACUAGAGGGAGAAGAUGAUAGCUUCAGAAACUUGAAAAUCACUGUUCCUAUCCCAAAAGCAACUCCACCUGAGAGGUCGCGAGAACCAGAUAUAAUGAUGGAUGGAACAGCCCAAGGAUGGAUGAAGUUUUUGCAAUAAUUCUGAUCAAUCGCAGUGAUGACUUAUCGGUAGCCCGUGUACACACU